GGCGUCGGUGCUCGUCCUCUGCGCUCUCCCUGGCUGGGCGGCCAGCCCUCGGGGGGCUAUGGAGGCUGACCCGUGCGGCUGCUGCGAGCGACUGGUGCUCAAUGUGGCGGGGCUGCGCUUCGAGACUCGCGCUCGGACCCUGAGUCGCUACCCAGACACGCUGCUGGGCGACCCGGGCCGCCGGCGCGCCUUCUACGACCCGGCCCGCGGCGAGUUCUUCCUAGACCGCCACCGGCCCAGCUUCGACGCCAUCCUCCACUACUACCAGUCGGGCGGGCGCCUGCGGAGGCCGGCGCAUGUCCCCCUGGACGUCUUCCUGGACGAGGUGGCCUUCUACGAGCUGGGCGCCGACGCUCUGGCCAAGCUCCGCGAGGACGAGGGCUUCGCCGCGGAGCCCGAGCGCCGGCUACCCCGGCGGCCCUUCGCGCGCCAGCUCUGGCUGCUCUUCGAGUUCCCCGAGAGUUCGGCGGCGGCCCGCAUAGUGGCCGUGGUCUCCGUACUCGUCAUCCUCGUUUCCAUCGUUGUCUUCUGCCUGGAGACCCUCCCCGACUUCCGAGACGAGCGCGACGCCCAGGCCGGGGUGGCCCCGGGGCCGCUCCUGUCCAUGCGGUCCAAUGGCUCCCAGCCAGCGCCUCCUCCACCCCCAAGGGCCCCAUUUGAUGACCCUUUCUUCCUGGUGGAGACGCUCUGCAUCUGUUGGUUCUCCUUUGAACUCCUGGUGCGUCUGGGUGCAAGUCCAAGCAAGACAGCCUUCUUCAAGAAUGUCAUGAACCUGAUUGACUUUGUGGCCAUCCUGCCCUAUUUUGUGGCCCUGGGCACAGAGCUGGCCCGGCAACGGGGUGUGGGUCAGCCAGCCAUGUCCCUGGCCAUCUUGCGGGUCAUCCGCCUGGUCCGUGUUUUCCGCAUCUUCAAGCUGUCCCGCCACUCCAAGGGAUUGCAGAUCCUGGGCCAGACACUCCGGGCAUCCAUGAGGGAGCUGGGCCUGCUCAUUUUCUUUCUCUUCAUCGGUGUGGUUCUCUUCUCCAGUGCAGUUUACUUUGCUGAAGUCGAUGGGCCCCCGGAUUCAGGCUUCACCAGCAUCCCUGCCUCUUUCUGGUGGGCUGUUGUGACCAUGACAACAGUGGGCUAUGGGGACAUGGCACCUGCCACAAUGGGGGGGAAGAUUGUGGGCUCCCUCUGUGCCAUUGCUGGUGUUCUCACCAUCUCCUUGCCUGUACCUGUCAUCGUCUCCAACUUCAGCUAUUUCUACCACAGGGAAACGGAAGGGGAAGACACUGGCAGAUACCGCCAUGUGGCUACACAGCCCUGCUGCCCUCCUGAGGCCCCUGAGGGCAAGGCCAAUGGGCUAGUUGGGGGCAGUGGGAAGCACUUGGUCACAGAGGUGUGAGGGGUCCAGUCUGGGGUGGGAAAGGAAAUCAGUGUGGUGGGAAGGAAUGUGAAGAUACUCUAGUGUUAGGUGGCAUGGGAGGGUUGGCAGGAGCUUUGAAGUUGUUUUGUGUUGGCCCACAGGUUCUGAGAUUCCCAAGGGGACUUAUUGAGUUUCACUGAAUUCUAUUGUCAUGAAUCAGGAUUGAGUCCUGUUGGGAUAUGUGAGUAUCUGUGGGGGGUAUGUGAUUGAAACAGGUUGAGUUAUGUUGAGUCUAGCGAAUCCUAAGGUGAUAGGGAUUUGUGGUUGGCUACGUGUCUGGAUCAAGUGAGCCUCUGUGGUGAGUCUCCCUGGUCUAGUGCCCUGUGUCUGGGACCUUGUGCUUUUUUUUUUUUUUUUUUUGCAUUGCAUGAGUCUCUGAGAGCCAAGGAGCUUGUUGCUACACUGGGUUUUGUUAGGCUCUGGUUGGCUUUCAGCUGUCAUCUUGUAUGAGUCUCUGAGGGACCCGUAGUUAUGUUGGGUUGAGUUGGGUUAUCAUCCAACUUCAGAGCUUAAGGAGACCUCAGAAAACAUCUCAUCUAAUUGUAGUUGAGAAGAAGUUUCCUCUCUACCAUCCCCUAAAAAAAAGUAUUCCUCUCUCCUCUGCUUGAAGACUUUCAGAGAUGGGAAACUCACUACCUCACAUGGAAGCCCAUUCCACUUACAAAUAGCUCUGAUGCAAUCUUCACAUUACUCCCAGUUCUGCCUUCUGGGGCCAAACAAUGGGAGUCUACUUCUUACUCUAAAAGCUUUUUCAACUAUUUCAAGGCUGUCUGAUGUCUCCUCUAAGUCUUCUCCAUGAAAAAUAGUUUGGGUCCCUUCAACUUAUCCUGCUAUGACUCAGUUGCCAGUCUUCUCACAGGUCCAGCAUCUCCCCUGGAUGCUCUCCUGCCUGGACCUGACCACAAGACUCCUGCUACAAUGCCAGUCAGGUGGACGACAGCAAGGCCGAAGCCUCCCUUGUUUGGGACCUUGAUCUUUUAAGCCUGAGAGCUACUGAACUUUGGCAUACUGCGGCUCCAUUUUCAGUCACUCCAAGACCCGCAAAACUCUUUUACAAAAAUGGCCGUACAGGGGCAGCUAGGUGGCACAGUGGAUAGAGCACUGGCCCUGGAGUCAGGAGGACCUGAGUUCAAAUCCAGCCUUAGACACUUAACACACACUUACUAGCUGCGUGACCCUGAGCAAGUCACUUAACCCCAAAUGCCUCACUAAAAAAAAAAAAAUGGCCAUAUAGCCUUGUCUCCUCCAUCCUGACCUUGCUGCAUUUUGUUUUGACCUCAGGUAUGGAAUGUUAAGCUUAUUUUUGUCCAGUUCCAUCUUAUUAGAUCUGACUCAGGGUUCCCAAAUAUUAUGCUCUUUCUAGACUUCUAUUCUCAAUUACUUAGUGGGUUAGCUAUCUUACCAAGUUUUGUGUCAUUGGACAAUUUGAUGAGCUUCUUCUAUUCUAUUCAUCCAAGUCACUGAUUUAAAAACACACACAGCAUGGGGCUGGGGAGAGACAUUCUACUAGAGACCUUCUUCCAGUUGACUUGGCUCCCUUAAUCAUCACUCUUUUUGCCUAACUGGUCAUCAGUAAUCCAAUCUCCCUAACCACAUUAUCAGCUAGCACUGCCCCCAUUCCCCUACCUCAUCCAAAGCAAUGGCAUAGGAGACUUCCACAUGGCUUGGAUUGAGUUGGGGUCGGUUGCAUUGCUUGUGUGGCUUCAUGGAAUUUCAGAUGGAGGAGUUGCAUCUUGAAUUGUAUGAGGGAGGCCUGGAUAAGUUGGUUGAGUUGCGUUGUGUUGGUGUCAUAAGUCUCUGGAGGUGUCAGGAGCAUUGCACAGUCAUACAAAGAGCCCUUUGUGCCAGGCAUCAGGAUUACCUGGUUCCAUGUUUGCCACACUCUGGUCUCUAAAGUGGCCUUGUCAGAGCCUCAGGAGUGUCCCCAGUCCCUUCCAGAUCCCCCCAUUUCUCCUCUAUUCUUCAGUUGUGUGGCAUUAUCGUAUUUCAUUGUGGUUAUGCAGCUCUGUGAGAGACAUGGAUGUGGAUGGAGUGUGGUGUUGCGUUUGUGUGAGAUUACAAAUGCCGCUGCUGGGGGGCAGCUAGGUGGCGCAGUGGAUUAAGCACCGGCCCUGGAUUCAGGAGUACCUGAGUUCAAAUCCGGCCUCAGACACUUAACACUUACUAGCUGUGUGACCCUGGGCAAGU